AGCAAAAAAGCGUAUACUAAACUCCCCGUUUUGCAACUAAGCGGUCGACUUUUGUUUGGGGCGAUUCAUAAACCAUACGGUGCAUGCUGCAAAACAUUUCAACAUGGAUACAAGAAGUUCAAGUAAUGCCACCAAUAAUAUGGACCGUAAUAUAGUUGAUGAAGUUGACGAACAGAUUAUAAGAGGAGAUCAAAUUGGAGACACAAUGUACAGUGCACAUUGGGUUUUGGACUUUAUAUUAUCUCUAACAAAAGAAGACAAAAAAGAUGAAGACAUGAUUGAAGGCAAUUUAAGCACUAUAUGGGAUAUGACUGCAGAUGAGCAAGUUGUCACAUUUUUAUUGGAAAAUCAAUUUUAUGAUGUAGCUUUAGUAUUUCUAAAAAAUUCUAGAAAUGAUAGACACAUAGAACAGUUAAUUGGUAUUAUUGCCAACUUAACUUGUCAAACAAACGCAUUGGAAAGUUUGUCUGAAAAAAAUGAAUUAGUGAAUAUUAUUUUAAUGCACUUAUCUGGUAGUGAUACAGAAACGUUACUUCAAGUUUUUAGAUUAUUAAAAUGUUUCAUUCAUGAUAUUAAAAUAAAUCCCAAUUCCUUUUGGUUAAAAAAACUUACAAGUUGCGAAAUUCUUGUGGAUUCGUUAAACUUCAUUCUUUGUAACUCAUCAAAUGAGAAUCUCUUGAUGUCUGCAUUAGAAUUAAUUUGUUUGAUGACUGAAAUCAAGUUACCAAAUAGCAAUCAAAGUUUGAUGGAAGGUAUCUUUGACGUUGAAAAAUUGUUGCACAAUUUCAACAUAGCAACACAGGAGCUUAUACAUUGCAAAAAUGAUGUUCAUGAUGACAAUGAAAUUAAAGUAGUUAACUUGUGGUUUAGUUUCUAUGAAACUAUAUUUCACAAAAAAUUAUAUAAAUUCACUCAUGAUCAAGCAGAUGAAAAUUUCAAAACAAUGAAUGAUAUAUUAACGAGAAUGUUGAAACCUUAUGAAUGCUCAAGCAAUUUAGAACUGUUUGAAAAUGACUGUUUUGAUAUUAUAGAAAAUUGUAUUAAAAUGGCAUCCUUUUUUGAAUGUAAUCAGAUGCUACCAUCUAAGGAAUUACUACAAACUGUAGCUUUGAUAUUGUUAAAUAUUCAGUCAGUCAUGAGUCAAGAUGAUGCAGUAGAAAUAGAAAAAGUAAAACAAUUGCACAUUACAUUAUCAUUAUUUUGGGUCGAAACUCAUAAGCUACUCAGUAAAAAAGGCAAUGCAUCCAUAUUUGACAGUAAUGCUAAAGACUGUGAAAAAUUUAUUGAAAAAAUAACUUCUGAAUUCCCACAACUAACAAUAGAAAUAAAAGAUAUAAUUAGGCAGUGAAUUUUCAAUUCUAAAUUUAAACAAAAAAUAGUUUUAGCAUUGUCUGCAAAAUUUGUUUUUCAUGUACAUUUUAAAUCUGAAGGCUUUAUUAAAAUUUAAUAUAAAAUAUUUUAAAA